AGGCCUGGACUCUUCAACAUGGGGCCGUUGAGGAGUUGAUCCCUGAGCCCUCUCAAGGAUUCAUUGAUACUAAACUCUGUUUUAGCAAGGAUUUCUGUCAAAACUGUUUUUUUUUUUUUUUUUUUUUUUUUUUCCAGAAAACGAAUCUUUUGUAAAUCUUCCAAACAGCCAGACUGGGAAGGCGGCGGACACUACAACUCCUAGCAUGCCCAGAGCCCCGCCCUCCGCGUGGAGUUGGCGCGCUGCCCGUUGGGAAUCGUAGUCCCGCUUGGUUGCGGUCCCAAUCCGGCCAGGCGGCUCUUCAUUGUUCAGGCAGGACUCGCGAGCACGCCUGCGCAGUGGGCGGCUGCGCGAGCGUGUGGGUGAGACCCUCCUCAAAGCCCCCUUUCAUUGUCUGGGUCUGGCGCCUGCGCAGUGAGGGAUCGCCGGGCCCCGGCGGGAGGAGGGAGAGGGCCUGGCUCCUCGCCCUCUGCGAGGCGCCUGCGCACUGAGCGGCCGCUCGCCGCCGUUCCCGCUAUGUGUGGGGCGUGUGUGGAAUAACGUUAUUGCCCAGCGGAACCGAGGGGCCCCCCAGCUCCGCAGCGGCGGCGGCGGCGACGACGACAACGGCGGCGGGGUGGGGGCAAGGACAGCGUGGCAGAGACUGACGGGCCGCGCCGCGCCGCGCCCCGCCUCCCGGUCCGGUCCCUCUCUGCGGCGAGGGGAUGAUGUAGCUUUGCUAAGGAUUCAGAAGCUAAGCAGAAAUGAGCUUAACAUCCUGGUUUUUGGUGAGCAGUGGAGGCACGCGCCACAGGCUGCCACGAGAAAUGAUUUUUGUUGGAAGAGAUGACUGUGAGCUCAUGUUGCAGUCCCGUAGUGUGGAUAAGCAACAUGCAGUAAUCAAUUAUGAUGCAUCUAUGGAUGAACAUUUGGUGAAAGAUUUAGGCAGCCUAAAUGGGACUUUUGUGAAUGAUGUAAGGAUACCAGAGCAGACAUACAUCACUUUGAAACUCGAAGAUAAGCUCAGAUUUGGAUAUGAUACAAAUCUCUUCACUGUAGUACGAGGAGAAAUGAGGGUCCCUGAAGAAGCUCUUAAGCAUGAGAAGUUUACCAUUCAGCUUCAGUUGUCCCAGAAGUCUUCAGAAUCAGAAUUACCAAAAUCAACAAGUGCCAAAGGCACAGACUCAAAAGUGGAUGCUGCUGCAGAAGUGUCUCACAGAGCCACAGAAGCACUGAAGUCUGAGGAGAAGCCCAUGGAUGUCUCUGCUGUGCCCCGCGGUACUCCAUUGUAUGGACAGCCUUCGUGGUGGGGGGAUGAUGAGGUGGAUGAAAAAAGAGCUUUCAAGUCUAAUGGCACACCUGAAGAAAAAAAUCAGGAAACUGGGACUUCAGGGUGCAGCGUAGAUGCCAAGCAAGUGGAGGAACAGUCUGCAGCUGCAAAUGAAGACGCUCUUUUUCCUUUCUGUAGGGAACCAAGUUAUUUUGAAAUUCCUACAAAAGAAUUCCAACAGCCGUCACAAAUAGCUGAGAGCACUAUUCAUGAGAUUCCAACAAAAGAUACACCAAGUUCUCAUACAGCAGGUGCAGGGCACGCUUCAUUUACCAUUGAAUUUGAUGACAGUACACCAGGAAAAGUAACUAUUAGAGACCAUGUGACAAAAUUCACUUCUGACCAGCGCCACAAGUCAAAGAAGGCCUCUCCUGGAACUCAAGACUUGCCAGGAAUUCAGACAGGAAUGAUGGCACCAGAAAAUAAAGUAGCUGACUGGCUAGCACAAAACAACCCUCCUCAGAUGGUGUGGGAAAGAACAGAAGAGGAUUCCAAGAGCAUUAAGAGUGAUGUUCCCGUGUACUUGAAAAGGUUGAAAGGAAACAAACACGAUGAUGGUACACAGAGUGAUUCAGAGAAUGCUGGGGCGCACAGGCGCUGUAGCAAGCGUGCAACUCUGGAAGAACAUUUACGACGCCAUCACUCAGAACAGAAAAAGAAGGUUCAGUCUAGUGAAAAGCAUCAAGACCAGGCUGCUACUAGCUCUACGCAUCACAGAGGGGGGCAUGGUGUUCCACAUGGGAAAUUGUUAAAACAGAAAUCAGAGGAGCCAUCGGUGUCAAUACCCUUCCUACAAACUGCAUUAUUAAGAAGUUCAGGGAGUCUUGGGCACAGACCAAGCCAGGAGAUGGAUAAAAUGUUAAAAAAUCAAGCUACUUCUGCUACUUCAGAAAAGGAUAAUGAUGAUGACCAAAGUGACAAGGGUACUUAUACCAUUGAGUUAGAGAAUCCCAACAGUGAGGAGGUGGAAGCAAGAAAAAUGAUUGACAAGGUAUUUGGAGUAGAUGACAAUCAGGAUUAUAAUAGGCCUAUUAUCAAUGAAAAGCAUAAAGGACUGAUAAAAGAUUGGGCUCUCAACUCUGCCACAGUAGUAAUGGAAGAAAGAAAGCCAUUGAGUACACCUGGGUUUCAUAACUCAGAGGAAGCAAUAGCUUCAUCUGGAAGUAAACGCUGGGUUUCACAAUGGGCUAGUUUGGCUGCUAAUCAUACAAGGCAUGAUCCAGAAGAAAGGUUAAUGGAAUUGUCUGCAACUGUAGAAAAUGAGACAGAUACUGGUGAAGCUGGUGUUUCACUGAGAAGUACUAGCUCUGCAGCUUCCUUGACUAGUCAGGGAGAAAGGAAGAGGCGAACUCUUCCCCAGCUCCCAAAUGAAGAAAAGCCCCUGGAGAGCUCCAGAGCAAAGGUGGUAACGCAGAGGUCAGAGAUAGGAGAGAAGCAAGACACGGAACUGCAGGAAAAAGAAGCUCCUGCGCAGGGAUACCACAGUGAGAAGCACGAUGCGGACAGAGGCCUGAGUAAAAUGAGCAGGGCGGUCAAUGGUGAGAUUCCUAAACCCGGUGGAGACAGCAAAGGCCUCCUUCACUCAAGCAGCUCUUCUAACAAGGAGAGAAGUGAAACUGAUAAAGAAACUUCUUUGGUAAAACAAACAUUAGCUAAAAUCCAACAACAGCAGGAACAAAAGGAACAGGCCCAGUGGACUCCAACUAAAUUUUCUUCAAAAAGUGCUUCAGGACACAUAGAUAAAUGUAGGGAGGAAUCUUCUAAGCAAGAGUCCCAACUUGUAGAAAAAAGUUCAGGACAUUCUACGAGCAAAGGAGAAAGAGUAAUACAAAAUGAAAGCAAGAGAAGAAAAGCUGAGGAAAUUCAAAAAAGUCAGAUUUCAAAAGGAGACAAGAAAGAAUUCUCCAAGUCAUUAGUGCGACAAGGGAGUUUCACCAUAGACAAACCCAGUUCAAACAUACCCAUAGAACUUAUUCCCCAUAUCAAUAAGCAGAAUUCAUCUGCUCCCACCUCCUUAGCAUUGACAUCUGCAAGUAGACUCCGAGACAGGAGUGACUCUUUGGAUACUGAUUCCAGCAUGGACACAACCUUGAUUCUAAAAGACACGGAAGCAGUGAUGGCUUUUCUAGAAGCUAAACUGCGUGAAGAUAAUAAUAAAACUGAUGAAGGCCCAGAUACUCCUAGUUACAAUAGAGACAAUUCUAUUUCACCAGAAUCUGAUGUGGACACAGCCAGUACAAUCAGUCUGGUUACUGGAGAGACUGAAAGAAAGUCUACCCAAAAGCGGAAGAGUUUCACUAGUCUCUAUAAAGAUAGGUGUUCCACAGGUUCCCCUUCCAAAGAUGUUACAAAGUCAGGCACUAGGGACAAAAUUGAAAAGAAAGCAAAGAGCCGUUCUACAGAUGUAGGCACAAGAGCAGAUGGUCGGAAAUUUGUGCAGUCCAGUGGAAGAAUGCGGCAGCCUUCCGUAGACUUAACAGAUGAUGACCAGACCUCUAGUGUACCUCAUUCUGCUAUCUCUGACAUUAUGUCAUCUGACCAGGAAACAUACUCCUGCAAACCUCAUGGGAGGACUCCACUUACCUCAGCUGAUGAGCACAACAUACAUUCCAAACUGGAAGGAGGCAAAGCAGCAAAGUCUAAGACCUCUCCUGUUGCCUCUGGUUCAUCAAGUAAAUCAACCACUCUCCCAAGGCCACGGCCCACCAGGACUUCCCUCCUGCGCAGAGCCCGGCUUGGUGAGGCUUCCGACAGUGAACUUGCUGAUGCUGACAAAGCAUCUGUUGCUUCUGAAGUGUCCACCACAAGUUCCACAUCAAAACCACCUACUGGAAGGCGAACCAUCUCUAGGAUUGAUUUAUUGGCUCAGCCUCGAAGAACAAGACUUGGCUCAUUAUCUGCCCGUAGUGAUUCUGAAGCUACAAUAUCAAGAAGCAGUGCCUCUUCUCGCACUGCAGAAGCUGUCAUUAGGAGUGGAGCCAGAUUAGUGCCAUCAGAUAAACUUUCUCCUAGAACUAGAGCUAACAGUAUCUCUCGGCUCUCAGACUCCAAGGUCAAAAGCAUGACCUCCACUCACGGCUCUCCUUCAGUAAAUUCAAGAUGGAGGCGCUUUCCUACUGAUUAUGCUUCCACCUCAGAAGAUGAAUUUGGAUCAAACCGUAAUUCCCCUAAACAUACUCGUCUACGUACUUCUCCAGCCCUGAAAACCACUCGCAUGCAGAGUAGUGGAUCAGCAAUGCCUGCCAGUUCUUCCUUCAAGCACCGAAUUAAAGAACAGGAAGACUAUAUCCGAGACUGGACCGCCCAUCGAGAAGAGAUAGCCAGGAUCAGCCAAGAUCUUGCUCUCAUUGCCCGGGAGAUCAACGACGUAGCAGGAGAAAUAGACUCAGUGACAUCCUCAGGCACUGCUCCUAGCACCACAGUAAGCACUGCUGCCACCACCCCCGGCUCUGCCAUAGACACUAGAGAAGAGGUAGGAGAUCUUCAUGGAGAGAUGCAUAAGUUGGUUGAUCGUGUCUUUGAUGAAAGUCUCAACUUCCGAAAGAUACCUCCAUUGGUUCAUUCCAAAACACCAGAAGGAAACAAUGGUCGGUCUGGUGAUUCAAGACCUCAGCCAGCAGAGCAUCCUGAUCACUUAACAAUUACGAGACGGAGAACCUGGAGUAGAGAUGAAGUCAUGGGAGAUAAUCUGCUGCUGUCAUCAGUCUUUCAAUUCUCUAAGAAGAUAAGGCAAUCGAUUGAUAAAACAGCUGGAAAAAUUAGAAUAUUAUUUAAAGACAAAGAUCGGAACUGGGAUGACAUAGAGAGCAAGUUAAGAGCUGAAAGCGAGGUCCCUAUUGUGAAAACCUCAAGCAUGGAGAUUUCUUCUAUUUUACAGGAGCUUAAAAGGGUUGAAAAACAGUUACAAGUGAUCAAUGCCAUGAUUGACCCAGAUGGAACUUUGGAGGCUCUUAACAACAUGGGAUUUACCAAUGCUAUCCUGCCAUCUCCACCAAAACAGAAGUCCAGUCCUGUCAAUAACCACAGCAGCCCUAGUCAGACACCAGCACUUUGCCCACCAGAAACUAGGGCUCUGCACCCUGCUGCUUCUGCUGCUGCAGCCUCCACUGAGUUUGAGAAUGUUGAAUCUGAGGCUGAUUUCAGUAUCCAUUUCAAUAGGUUCAACCCUGAUGGGGAAGAAGAAGACAUUACAGUACAUGAAUGAUGUCCCCUUGUUUGUUAGAGACGUUACCCAUGGAGUGACUAAGGUGUAUUGGAAGCAGCAUGAUGUUGACAUACAAAACAAGAGAGCUUGGUCAGCAACAAUCUUGUUAUCUUUGUCUUCUUGAUUUAUUUAUUUAUUUUUACCUCUAUGUGUCACACCAGUCUUUUCAAACCACUCAGACAACCACUUGAAGCACACUUAGCAAAGACAGCUUCUGUCGGCUUUGCCUUUUGCAGUUUUGUAAUUUUCAGAUUGAAUCAUAUCAUUGCAUCCUUUCCCUUCUUAGUUCUUUGUGUUUGUUUUUAGCCAUGCUAUGACAUACAAACAAAUGAAAAUAUCCAACAUUUCUGAGCCCCUGUGUCUCCUGUGCCAAGCUACUCCCUGAGAUGAACUUCCUCAUCAGCUGUACAGAUUGUUAAACCAUCCAGUUUGCUUCUUAAUAAUAGGGUUUAUAUUCUUACUCACUGUCACUGGACACAGUGGCAUCCUGCUCUGUAGAGUGAAGCAGACCCUCCACAGCAGUCGUCCUGCGUCCUUAGACUUUCCAACAUAGUGUGAUUUAUAACUGUUGCUAAGUAACUUGUCUUGGGGUUUACGGAAAUUAACUAUUAUGUUUGCACUAAGAUUUACUGGGAGUGAUAGAUGGACAUAUCUAUAUAUCAUUAAGGACUGACUUUUUGUACAUAGGAAGUUGACAAUACUGUAUUUGUUUUAACCCCACAGUGUUUUACUCCACUUUUCAAAAAGAUCCAUUUAGCACUUUUUAUUUUCCCUUCUUUCUUUCUUUUCUUUCUUUCUUUUGUUCUUUUCUUUCUUAUUUCUUUCUUUUCUCUUUUAAGAAAAUAAGAUUUGUCUCCUUUUAGAUUAAAUGACAACUAGAAAGGUUAAACUUGACAGAUAGUUUAGGUGGAGUAUAUUUUUAAAAUUAAGAACAUGUAUAUUUGUCCUGUGUUAUCAGGUUUUUAUGUGGCAGUUGGGGGAGGGAGGGAAUCCCCCUGAAUUGAUCAUGAUAUUAAUUUUUCUUCAUUAGGAGAUGUGAAGAACCAGUAGUUGUGAGAGUAGUUGAUAGUUCCACUCCCAGUCAUUGAAUUGCUUCUGUGUUUCCCUGUAGGUCCAUAGUAACCUUGUGUCAGUCUUACACACUUGUAAGGACCCUGCAAGACAGCAACAACGACUAAGGCUUUGGGCUUAUAGCUACUAAAAAGAAAGCCUGUGAGAAGUAUCUUCUUUAAACUUUGUUUUUGUUACUGUUUUGUUUUCUUUCCAGUAAGCUCACAUUUCAAUAAGUUUUUUAAUAAAGGAAUUAUUUUUGUGUUUCCAGAACACUAUAAUUUGGGUGAAUCUUAAUUCUUUUAAAUAUUAUUAAUAGGCCUGGAUUUGCUCCAGUGGCCCAUUGGUCUAUAAAGAAUAAACUGCAACUUUUAUGAUAUGGUCUUUGAUAUUUUAGCAAUAACCUGUGCUACAUUUGUUUUAAGGAAAAGGUAACUGUAUACUCAAGAUUUUUCAGGAUCUAAGAAAUCCGGUGAUUUUGGAUCAGUUAAUUAAAAUGCAAAAUCUUUUUAUAAAGGUGUAAAAACAUAAGUCUGUUGUAUAAUGGAUCUCAUAUUUUUCUUUAAAUUAAAAAAAGAAAAGGAAUUGUUCUCCUUGUAAAGCUAAAUUCACAGUUCUCAUGAAGUAUAGUUCAAAAGGGUUUCAAAGAAUGUAAAAGGGAAGUGAGAUGCUUUGAAGGAACAAACAAAACAUUUAAACAGGGUCAGUCCAUUUCAAGAAAAUGUUACGCAAAAUAAUCACCAUUGUUCCCUCCUUCAGUUGAUGUUUGGUACUGAGGCUAUCCACAUGGAAGUACAGGAUAAGGAGUCUAAGAAAGUAUUAAAAUAUCUACAUUAUUGUUUGUUUACACAGUUUUGUUCAAUUAUAAACAUUUGGCCUUUUACUAUGUUAUUUUUAUUUUGUAUGAAUACAUUCUCCUUAUUUAUUUUUGUUACAUUUAUUACGUUAUUUUGUUAUGCAUUUACGACUCCAUUUUUAAAUAAAGUGUUUCUGGAACUUUA